AUGGAGGUUGUAAUCCCACCCAGAGAUCAUGGAGCGUCGUACAGAUACGUUUGGGACGACGACGGUGCCGUCAAGAGGGUAGAAAGGUGCGUUCAAGCCAGGCCCUCUCCUGGUUCCUGCCUCUGCAUUUUCGGCGAUAACCUGACAGUGGCCAGAGUUCCCAAGCACCAAAAAUCGCACCAGAGGGACAGCACGAUCAGCAGACAGACGGUGCCGUGGCCCUUUCUCCGGCACCAGGCCUCCGCUUCCGAUGUCGAGUCGCGACCCUUCACUGCCUUCACCGGCUUCACCGGUUUCACUGGUUUCACCGGCAGUUACCCGGAGCCCCCGAGACGAGCGACCUGGGCACCCGGAAAACGCAACUCGACGGCCACCAUCCUCGAGAACAUCGUUCCGGACUACAUUAUCAAUUACAUCAGAGGAGAGACGCCUGAGACCAUGGCGCGCAGGAGAGAGGAGCGUCACAGACAGACGCAGAGCCCCGACAUGCUCCAGGAGAAUGCACCCAGAGGCGCCAACGUAAUGAGCUCACAUGCAUAUUACGAUGAGGCCACGACAAACACCCUUUCGACGGCCGCGGCCAACGACGACCUGGAACGGAUGCUGCCACCCAACGAGAAGAGGAGGCCUGACGGCACCCUCACUAGAAUGAGCUCAGGGUGGAGGGCCGGCGUCGCCUUGAACAUCGUCAUCGGCAUCCUCAUUGUUGUCGUUGCCAUUGUGUGCCUGGUGCUCGCCGUCGCUGUCGCCGGCAUGGCCAGGGGCGAGAGCCGCCUCUUCGAGGGUGACUGCGCGGUCGCCAGGGAUAUCAAGAUCGGCGUCUUCGUCGCCAUCAACGUCAUCGCCGUCGUGCUGCUGUCGGCCGCCAACUACGUCUUUCAGGUACUGAGCAGUCCCACGCGCGUCGAGAUCGAUACGGCGCACAACGAGAAGCGGUGGCUUCACAUCGGUAUCCCUUCGUUCAGGAAUCUGCGUUUCGUCUCGAAACCGCGGGUCAUCAUGGCGGUCAUCAUUAUGCUUGCGGCCGUCAGUACCCAAGUAGUUUAUAAUGCCAUUGUAUUCUCGACGCAAACCGCCUUCGACCACCAGGUCGUCUUCGUCACCCGAGGCUUCCUUACGUCCGGGCAGUUCAGCAACGCGUCCGAAACCAACGCCGGUGGCCUCUCGCGUACCGACAUCCUCGUCCUUCAGGACCAGGCUUCCCGCGGGGACCUGACACAACUCACAAACGCCGCCUGCGCGGCGCAGUUUGGCGGCGUGUUCCAGUCCGACUUCAGCGCCGUCGUCCUCGUCACCGACGUCGCCGCACCCGCGAACGCUCUCGUGCAGACGCAACGGCCCGGCUCCUCCCUCGCGCAGUUCAUCGACCCGUCUGAUCCCUCGCGGAUCAGGAUCAACCGCUCCUCGGUGGAUUACUGCCUCGCCCGCCCCGAGGGCCCCAAGUCGUGUACCGUGAUCCUUAACGGCUCGCUCCUCGGCGUCAUCAUCGUUCUCAACCUCGUCUCCGUUUCCGCCAUCGGCGCCGUCUACUUCUUUUCCGGCUUCGAGCCCCUCGUCACCCUCGGCGACGCCGUCGCCUCCUUCCUCAUGCAGCCCGACUAUACAACCCGCGGCAUCUGCCUCCUCGACAAGGACGAUGUCAAGCAAGGGCGAUGGGGGUACCGUGAGGCAAAGUACUGGAUCUCGCGAGACCACUUCUGGCUCCAAACCCCAGGCCUCACCACCUGGAUGAUCUGGCUUAUCACCUGGGUUAUGCCUACAGGCCUCGCCGCCGCAGCACUCGGCGUGACACUCGCCCAAGGCCCGACGUCCUCGCUCAGCCCAUUCGGCAGUGCCCGCCCCCACGAGCUGUACACCCUCCCCAGCAGCGCUCCACGCGCGGGCGUCGCCAUCCUCGCCGCCCUUCCCCACCUCCUCCUUGCGGCGCUGUACCUCUCAACUAACACCCUGCUUACGUCCUACUCUCUCUCCCACGAGAUGAGCCAAUACGCAUUGCCGGGCAUCGCCCUCCCCCUCCGCGUCAGCUCUGGGCGUCCACAAGGCGCCCAGACCGCCUCUCUCUACCUGACCCUUCCACGCCCUUAUUCCUGGCUCCUCCUGGGCCUCUUUUCCGCCGCUGGCUUUGUGCUGAGCAACGCCGUUUUCGUGGUCUCGGUCAACGUUCUCCCUGCCGUCAUGGACGAAAAGCCCCCCGCCCCAAUCUACGGCAUCGGCUUCAGCGGCGUCGGGCUCCUCUCCUUCCUCUCCUUGAUGGUCUUCACCGUGGGGCUGGUCCUCGGCCUCGGUCUCCGGCGCGCGGACCCGUCGCCGACGAGCGUCGACGGCGAGAAGGCGGGCAACCCGCUCGUGUUGCGGGGCGGGAGCUGCUCUGCCGUCAUCAGCGCGCGGUGCCACCGCCCCGCGAGGGACAUGGGCGCGGCUUUCAAGAAAGUCGCGUGGGGCGUCACCGACCAGGACCUUGAAACCACCUUCGGCCAUACCACGUUUUCCAGCCAGGCCGUGAGCGUGCUGGACCCCGCCAAGGGCUACGCGUAG